AUGGCUGCCAAGUUGCCGCCAAAUUUUAGAAAUGAGGAAUUCAGCGGCACCAGGCAGACCAAUUUCCACACGGACUGUACUGCACCAACCAAACUGCACUGGGAGUGGCGAUCGACGGUGCGGUGCUGGCUGCAGUGUAUACUUUUUCUCAAUUUUUCAUCGGAAAUAGCAGAAGGAAAACGAGUGUACAGAGUGACUAGACCCUCACAUACGGAUGAGAAUUACAGAUUUCUUUCCAAUCGGACAAGUCGGAUGCCGGGGAUUCUGGCGUUAAUGACUUCAGCACCAGGAGAUACACGGACGAACGACGUCGACAUUGUCUGUCAUUCGGAACCAUCCACAUGCUCUCUGAGUCCUGUCGACUACUUGCCGGAUGAGAUCACAUUGUGAUGAGAUGGGGCAAUUGAUUGGGAGGAAGUCUAUUUCUCUGGAUCCUGUCGACUACUUGCCAAAUGACAUCCUAUGGAAGAUAAUUGGUUUUCUGUCGGUAGAAGACUUGUGUCACCUGGCUGUAUGCAGCAGGACAUGGAGGAACGUAACUAACACCAACAUCCUCUGGCUUCCUCUUUGUAAACUGAGAAAUUGGGAACGUUUUGGUACGGAAGUAGAUCUCCGCAAAGAGAAGCCAAUGUACAAAAUGUACUCUACAACGAUCAGCAAACGUGGUACCAGUCCAACCUUUCGGGCGGAUUCGGUCAUUACUGGCGACUGUAACCUGAAGGAUCUUGCACCAACCUGUGAAUGGAAGGAGGUGUA